AUGCUCACGAGUAUGAUUGUUCUCUCGAGGUCAAACCAGCCUCACCUCACUUCCCAAGGCAUCGAUAGCCGCAUAGUCGAUUACGGAUCAAUCGAACAGCUCACGGAGUCGCUGGGAGGUGUGCAUACAGUGAUAAGCUGUAUUUCUCCACACGGAAGCGACUCAACUGCGGCUGAGCUGGCCCUCUUGGAGGCAUCGAAAAAAGCCGGCGCUGCUCGCUUUGUGCCAUCGGAAUGGAACAGUGGCUGCAAUGACAUUGUCCACCUCUAUUCAGGAAAGAUCACUGUUUGGAAAGCUGUCCAGUCCUCGGGGCUGGAAUAUACUCGGUUUAUGAAUGGUCUUUGGAUGAACGUGUGGGGCCCUGGCUGCGUGAGAGAUGAAGAAGAAGCUCUUGGGGCUUAUAAAGGUCGCCCACCAUUUGCCAUUGACUUGAAAGCGGGUACGGCCAUAAUUCCAGGGGAUGCGUCUCAGCAGGUGGUAGUUACGAAAACGCAGGAUGUCGGUCGAUUUGUGGCUGCUGCCCUUGAUUUGGCUAAGUGGGAUCCUGAAAGCAGAAUUGUUGGCGACAAGUUGAGUUUAACUGAGGUUACUCUGCUGGCGAAAACGAUUUGUGGAAAAGAUCUUCAAAUUACGAAUUUGCCGGUUGAGAAUCUUGAAGAACUUCUUCAAGGCAACCUGGAGGAUGGUGAAAGAUUUUAUUACCAGCUGCUUUUGGCGAUCGCCCUCGGCCGGAUGGAUUUUGAACCCACUUUGAAUAGCCUCUGUCCUGGUAUUAAGCCUGUAUCAACGGCAGAGUAUCUUAGAAGGCAUUGGACUAGUGAGUAG